AUGGGAGACUGUGAGUGUCGCGCAGACACCCUUAGUAUAGCUCAAUCGGUCGCCGAGUUGCACAAACCGCCACGCCACGGUAAGGCAACUGAAUGUGCUGCACCAGGCCGCCUCAUGUUUCAGUCGCUACGACAUUUGAAAUAUCGCGAUACAUAUUAUCCUCAGAACACCCUUUCGGUGCCUUACUGCCAUGCCACCCGGAAGAAGCCCGAGGACUGGGAUACUGUCAGGUUGCCCAAGUCUAGACAGGGAAAUCCAGAGGCAGAAGUCGGAUCAGAACCACGAAUCUUCCAGUCAUUGUCGUCCGUAUCGUUCAGCUGUAGCAUCUUUCGGUGCCUAACUGCCAUGCCACCCGAUGGUUGCACGAGAGCUGGGAUACUGCUAGAUUGCGCAAGCCUUGACAGAGGAAGUCGAGAGGCAGAGGUCGGGUUCGAACCACGGACCUUCCGGUUAUACCUUUACCAAUUGUCCAGCGCCAUUGCCUACUGCCAUCAGAACGACGUUAUUCAUCGGGACCUUAAGCCGGACAAUAUUCUCUUAGGAUCCCGAGGAGAGACAAAAAUUGCUGAUUUUGGCAGUGCUGUCCAUCGACCGGCCUCCAGGUUCGAUCCCCAUGUAAUCCGUUCCCGUAGACGCACGGCGCCUUUUGGAACACUGGACUAUUUAGCUCCAGAAGUAAUCGAUCCCGAGUCCAGCUACGAGAACAGUGUGGACACUUGGAGUCUUGGUGUGCUAACCUAUGAGAUGCUGGUGGGCCAAGUCCCGUUUGUCGGUGAGACGCCGCAAGACGUGGCUAAUCAGAUUCUAUCUUGUGAACCUCAACUCCCUGGAGAAUUUGAUGCUGACGCUGUUGAUUUGAUCAGCUCGGUAAACGGAUUUUCAACUGCCUUCCGGUGCCACGGCGUCGUCCUGUACAAUGUAGAGGCGAUAGAGGUCAUCUGCGCAGUUCCGAAUCUCGUUUGUGGAGGCCGUCCUCAUGCCCGUUUGGACGAUGCGCGCAGAUGUGCAGCAUGCACCAUAUAUAUAUGGCUUGCCUCGUCAAUGCCUCUGAUUUAUAGAGUGAGAUGGCCUGAGUGCUUAGAGCGCGAAUUUACUAACCGGAAGGUCCGUGGUUCGAACCCGACCUCUGCCUCUCGAUUUCCCCUGUCUAGGCUUGGGCAACCUGGGAGUAUCCCAGCCCUCGUGCUUCCUUCGGGUAGCGUGGCAGUUGGGCACCAGAAGGGUGCUACAGCUGAAGGCUUGAACGACUUAUGGUACACCGGGAGGACAAAUGCUAUCGGGCCAGAAGAACGACAGUCUUGUCAUUCGGAUUCGUCACUGCCUCUGCUUUAUAGAGUGAGAUGGCUUGAGUGCUUAGAGCGCGAGUUUAUUGACCGGAAGAUCUGUGGUUCGAACCCGACGUCUGUCUCUCGACUUCCUCUGUCUAGGCUUGGGCAACCUGGCAAUAUCCCAGCGCUCGUGCCUCCUUCGUGUGGCAUGGCAGCUAGAUACCGAAUGAAUAUGCUACAAAAACGCCCGGAACUUCGCAUUCCUCUUACCGGUAUUCAUUCUCACCCGUGGAUGCGACAACACGCGGAAUUCAGUUUGACCCGGUGUACUGCGGCUCUGUUGGACUGGGAAUCCCCCAAUCUGAAGUCGACUCUGGACAAUCGGUCUGACUAUGUCAACCGUCGAGGGGCGAGGUGGCCCAAGUGGUUAGAGCGCGAAUUUACUGACCGAAAGGUCCGUGGUUCGAACCCGACCUCUGCCUUUCGACUUCUCCUGUCUAGGCUUACGCAACCUGGCAGUAUCCAAGCCCUCGUGCAACCUUCGGGUGGCAUGGCAGUUGGGCACUGA